AUACUACGUUUGAAGAGGGGAGCUGUGCUAGGAAGAUUUCUAUCUUUCAAAAUGUUCUAUUCCAUAGACAGUCUCAUCCCCCGUGCUAGAUGAUAGGCGAUAUUGUAGUCGUGAGUUGUUGAAGGCAGCUCAAGAACAACUGCCCGCCAUGUCAGGUGAUCGCAUCGCAUGGACGACGUCAUCUGAUCGCGACUGGAGUCUCAGCAGGCAUCAUUCAUUCACCUUGUCAUCACUCCACACUGGGUUUCCACUUCGGUUUUGUACACACCUUGACUCUAAUACACCAGAUAAACACGCUUCUGAAGUGAUUCUUUUCAGCUAAUACCCAGCAUCUGCAUACCCACCAAGAUUUCAACCACAAGCGACUUAUCUUACCACUGUGACCAUGUGUGGUUCAGACAUCUUCCUUGCAAUUCUCGCGAUCUUUUUUCCACCUGUGGCUGUGUGGAUCAAGAGAGGCAUCUGCACGGCCGAUUCGAUCAUUAACCUUGCGCUCUGCUGUCUCGCUUACAUCCCCGGCCUCCUGCAUGCCUGGUACAUCAUCCUCAAGUACCCCGAGCCGGACUAUGACGACCCCAACUAUGAGCCUAUUCCCCAUCAUCGCGGCGACGCCGAGAACGGUCGCGUAACAUAUUACUAUGUUUCUCACCAACCCAUGCAGCACCCAUCACAGAGGGACUAUGGUACCAUGCCAUCACAACCGUCCCAAGCACCAAACGCGCAGUCUCAGCAGCAGCAGCAGCAGCACCACCACCACGAACAAGUUCAGGGAGGCAGCAGCAGCCGAGAUCAUGCCGACUCGCGACCGCCUCCCACAUACGCUGAAGCAGUGAAGGGGGACAAUAAAGUGCAAGACUAGAUGGUCAAACUUGGAUGGAGAGAGUACAACGCAGUUUGCUUCACACUUUACUCUCUAUUGUCCUAAACCACUACUGCCCUCAGAGAGACACGGAUCAAGGGAUGUCUCCGUCGUCUACAAACUGUUGUUGCUCAGAACCCUGCAUGACAAGCUACGAUUGCCUUCUUACAACGAAUGAUUAUGGAUAACGACUCUGUGAUAUAUGGCAUUUUGCCCAAGUGUCUUUCUUUGAUGAUAGCGGCCAUCCCGUCCUACCUCGGGAGGCCGUCCGUGGAUUUGGCUCUUCAACAAUGUGCUGUUGUGAUGAUAAUAAAUUAGGGGAAUACUCUUAGUAUUAGCUUUAGCUAGAGGGUCACAGAUCACUAUUGUGCUACUAGGAAAAUUCGAUCGGAACAAAAGUCUCUCACCGUAUCGAAGCC